AGGCAUGACGUCAUAUCAUCACCCGGAAAUGAGUUCCUAGGGGUGCGGGCUGAUCCUCUGUACGGAAGUGCGCGGAUGUAAACAGUCCCGGUGUCAGUAGAUAGAUUCGGUGCCAUUAUGUUACAAUUCAAUGACUCUGACACCAGCCCGGCGGCCUUGCUUCCCGCUGCCUCAGACGAGCAGUUAGAUUUGGGAGAUUCGGGGACGCAGGCCGGGAGUUCUGCAGUCACCGGCGCUACCGGAUACUCCGUGCAGACGCUUCGCUCCCUCACCGUGCACAACCCCACUCUGCAGGCCCGGAUGAAGGAAUACUUCGUGUUCCGGCCUGGGACCAUUGAGCAAGCUGUAAGUGAUAUCCGCAUGAUAGUUUUGCCUUCAGAAGAUGGAGAGGUUCAGAGUGUCUGGCUGCUAACAGAGGUUGAUCAUUGGAAUAACGAUAAAGAGCGCUUGGUUCUUAUCACAGAAAGAUCGCUCUUGAUGUGUAAAUAUGACUUUGUGAGCCUGCAGUGCCAGAGAGUGAUGCGAGUACCUCUUAAUGCCGUAGAUACUAUUUCUGUGGGAGAGUUUGAGUUUCCCCCAAUGUCUUUAAAUAAACGAGAAGGUAUUGGAAUCCGUGUUCAGUGGAGUAAAAGCAGCCACUCAAACUUCAUCAAUAAAUGGAAUCCCUGGUCUACCAAUAUGCCAUAUGCAACUUUCAUAGAACAUCCAAUGUCAUGUGCGGAAGAGAAGAUUAUGCCACUUUGUAAGCUGGAUAGUUUCAAGGUCCAGUUGAUUCAGGCUGUCAAGAAAGCACAUAAAGAAAAUCCGCUGCCAGGAAGAGCAAAUGGAGUGCUGGUAUUGGAACGCCCUCUACUGAUUGAAACUUACGUGGGUCUAAUGUCCCUUAUUAACAAUGAGGCCAAACUUGGAUAUUCAAUGUCAAGAGGGAAAAUUGGAUUUUAAACUGGAGCUUAUAAUCCAUUUAACGUUCCACAUUAAGAGACCAUGUGAUUAACUGCAUGUUGUUAGCUGACCACACCAUAUCUGCAGUACAAUAACAUGUUUAAUAAUGAGUAACGAGUAAGGUUGCCAUAUGAGAAGCACAUAAUUCCACCUCUUAAGGUUUUAAGUAAGAACCCGAACUUCAGCUUUUAACGUAAAGAACGGCAGCUAAUGCAUAAGAAUAAAUUAGAAACACCCGGAUUUCUUAUAUUAUUCUUAAAUAAAAACCCGCUGCGAUAAGCUAAAGGGUAUGUCAGAUUGCUGCUAAGUACUUUGGAAAAUGUGGACAAUUCCUAGAAGUUAAAAUUGCCAAUAAUUUGGUGGCCAUCACAAAUACAUUGUAUCCUCUUGAGUAAUUUGUUAGUUUUGAACACGACAAUUUAAAAUGCUGUUGAAUUAACUUGCACUUUAUAAUAUGGUGGGAUAGGAUGAAAGUGCCAAGUAUACUCAGAGCCUUAUCUCUUAUUCUGCUAGUCUCUCUCUUUCUUUAAAAUAAAUACAAUUAUAGUAAAAUAAAUAAAUUACCCAAGAUAUAUUUACUAGCCACUUUAGAUCCUAUAUGGCCCAUUAAUGCCAUAGAAUCAUUUUAUAUAGUGAUUUACAUCACUUGUCGUUAAUAAUUUUAAAGUAAAUCACUUUCAAAAGAUGGUGGCAUUUAACCAGUGUAACCUGCAGUGUACAAUGGGCACAAAAAAAAGAUAAGAAACCGGUAUAAUUUUGGACGCUGUUGUCGUGGAAACUUUUGAAUGGUGGCAUGCUUAACUCUGCUUCAAAUAGAUCUUCUGUCAUCGUAUACAUUUUAAAGGAACUCUAAAGGCUGUGACACACUGAGAGUGGCGCAGGGCGCAGCGUGAUGAUGAUGCGGCUGUGCGCACUCAGUGUGUCCUGCCUUUUUAUCUCUGCGCGCUCAACCGCGUCAGGUCGAGUAGCUGAGCACUCAGAGUUGAAAUAUUUGGACUUCAGUAGCGAUGCGAAGCAGCUGCUUUGCCUUGCGACGCAUCGCUUGCAGUGUGUCAUAGCCUUAAAUGUUACAUUUUCAGCAGCGCAUUUAGUGCUUUGCUGUGCAUUGUCAGUCCUGGUGCUUAUAUUUAUACUUCUGAAAAUGAUUUACAAAACCCUGUUUAGCACCCUGCUAGGUGUUUCUUCGCUUAAUUUGCUGCCAGCCCCCAGGUGUGAGCAGUUUUUUUUUGGCUCCCAAACAAUGGGUGGUAGAACCAAUCAAAAGCCACACCACCUACCUCAUAGGUUCAAGCAACAGCACACUCUUAAAGGGAAAGUCUAGUCAAAAUUAAACUUUCAUGAUUCAGAUACAGUAACAACUUUCUAAUUUACUCCUAUCAUCAAUUUUUCCUUGUUCUCCUGGUAUCUUUAUUUGAAUGUAAGCUUAGGAGCCGGCCCAUUUUUGGUUCAGCACCUGGGUAGCGCUUGCUGAUUAGUGGCUACAUUUAGACACCAAUCAGAAAGUGCUACCCAAGUGUUGAAUCAAAAAUGGGCCGGCUCCUAUGCUUACAUUCUUGCUUUUUCAAAUUAAGAUAGCAAUAGAACGAAGAAACAUUUAUAAUAGGAGAAAAUUAGAAAGUUGCUGCUCUAUCUGAAUUAUGAAAGUUUAAUUUUGACUAGACUGUUUCUUUAAUGUCCCUUUUUUAAUGCUGAAUAUUUGCUAUGAAUCGUGAGGAAGACUGGCCAUGCAGGACCCAAAAUGCACAGCAGUGUGAGAGCAUUAUGGGACAGAAGGUAUAGCUAUACUGCCCACUAGUGGCUGGUGGUGAGGAUAGCAAUGAGGCACCAGUCACGGCGCUAAAUAGAGCAAUAUUAAUAGUUUUUGGAUGUGUAUAGGUAAACAGUGGGACUGCUGUAAUGCUGUACACUAUUGCAGUGCUGAACAUUGUUUUAUGUCCCUUUAAGCCAUUUUGGUACCGUAAUUACGUGGUAUGUGGCACUAAAGCCAAAGUCUCCUAUAGCGCUGCUAAAAGUGUACAUUUUUAUAUAUUUCCGAUUUUUAAUUGCACCGGUGUCCCUCAGUCUUUAUGCUUUACUCAGAAGGGAUGUAAAGUAUUGCUCAUUUCUGUAAUAGCGGGAAAACAAUGUGCCGUAAUAUCGGUUGUGUUUUUGCCUUGGUGUAAAGAAUAAUAUUGCAUCUUAGAGAUUAUUACAAGAAUAAUGUUUCAUCUUACUGAUUUAGAGGCAUACAUUUUGUAAGAUAUUUUGGAUCGUUCUGUUACACAGUCUUGACUUUGGUAACCGGACUAUUUAAAUAAUGCAUGCUAACUAAAAGCUAGUCUUCAAGGUGUUUUUUGCUCUGUUAAUCACUUAUAUCUUUUAAACGCCUUAUUUGUUAUUUUUGCCUUUUUAUUUUGAGGUCAGAGUUGUGUUGACAUUUGCGCAUGAUUCUUUUAAGAAAUUGUAAUAAAAUUAACAAAGGCGUAUGUAUGUAUUUUUUUAUGAAUUAAUAUAUUGAUGACAAAUAAAGUUACUACAAUUAAAAGAUUAAAACAAGUAACAAUCGA